AUGACAACUAAUUUAUCAAAAGAUGAAAUUCUAAAAGUACUUGAUGAAACAAUAAAAACAGAUUCAAAUAUUAAAAUUACUACUACAAUUAGUCAAUCAUUAGAUUAUCUAAAUGUUACAAUACAAGAUAACAAUGGAGAUUUAAAAACUUCUAUUUAUCAUAAAUCAGCCUCAGAACCCUAUAUUCUACCUUAUGAAUCUGAUCAUCCACGAGAUGUUCAUGUCAAUAUAAUUAACAAUGCAUUACUUCGAGCAGCUCGAAUGUGUUCAACUGUUGAAGAUUUUGGAACUCAUACAUUAAUUAAUUGCAAAACUUAUCCUUUACAUGAUCGUGAAUCAAAUGCUUAUAGUAAAUUAAUAUUAAAUAGUCGUAAAGAAUUUCUUUCAACUGGUUGUUUAUAUCUUCCUCAUUUUUUAACAACAGAAACUCGUUCAAACGUUCUUAAUGAAAUUAAUUCUAUAUUAACAAAUUCAUCUCGAAUAUUAUAUAAUUCAUAUGUCGAACAUACAGAUAAUCUCUAUAGUACAUCAAAUUCCGAAACAAGUAUAAAUGAACAUGAAUCAAGUAGUAAAACAAUAAUUGCUUUUGAUCAAAUUCCAAAUGAAUCUCUUCUUCGUAAAAUUUAUUCAUGGAAUCCAUUAAUUAAUUUUAUAACAGAUAUAAUUCAAAUAUAUCCACAUCUUUAUCCAAGUUGUGAUGAAUUAGGUGCUUUAUAUAUAAAUAUUUAUAAUCAAUCAAAUAAACUUAGUUGGCAUACUGAUCAUUCACAUUUUUUUAUUAGUCUUCUUUUACAACAAUCAUCAAAUCCUAAUGAAGGUAUAUUUGAAUAUAAAACAAAGAAUAAUGAAAUAAUUAGUCGAAAUGAUUUUCAAGCUGGUGGUCUUGUGCUUUUCAAUGGUCGAACUUAUCCACAUCGUAUAACUGAAGUUUGUUUAUCAAAAUUACCACGUAUUAAUGCAAUUCUUACUUAUGAUUGUACUCCUGAUCAUCGUUUGAGUAAUUAUAUUUUAAAAAAAUUUUUUGGACGUACAACGUGCGAAAACAAUAAAUUAUGA